AUGCGCCGACUAAACCCAGGGGAGGACGAGGAAAAGAAUCACACAUGCAACACUCAGACAUUCCAAAUCGAAACAAAAAGUGUCCUGGAAAUGAACUCGCACACACCACGAACUACCAGCGAGAGUAUGAAGGGAGAUGUUACAAUCCAACGCAACUGGAAUAUGCCAUCAGGAGAAGAAGGAUCACCAGCGCAGACCAACACAGACCAACAAAUGUCUGAUCCAUCAAGAUCGAUAGUAGCUGACGCUUCAAUACCAGGACGCCCACCUGCACCUUACGAACCCAGUUCGGUAGGAAAUGACAGAUCGAACAACGAAAUGCAAAGGAGAUCGAAUAGCAUGCAAGAACCUGGUUCUUCACGGCUUUCUCAUCCGGAUGAGGAAAGCUACGGCGUACCACAACAUUCAUUCAACCCUGCGCCAAGGAUGAUUCAGCAGUCGAGUAGUGGCAAAUCUGGAAGCCAGAAUGCUUUUAAAAGGCUCAGGAACAUGGGGUCGAUCGCGGAAGGCUCCGAAAGGUUGCCAUCGUUACCACCACCAGGAGACUUAGGACAGUAUGGCUAUCCAACCACGCCGACAAAAAAGCCCGAAAAGCAGUAUCCGGGUUACAAAUCAUACCAAGUAACACGCCUCAUGUGCGGUUGCACAACGUUUAUGACAAUAGCACUGAUGCUCUUCGCAAUAGCCAUGACCAUCUUUGCGGUUGUGAAGAGUAAAGAUUGUACACUGAUAAGUUCAACGAUAAUGCUGUUGGCUGUUUUCUCGUUGGUCAUUGUGAUCCUUGAGUGGAUACGCUUAUGGCUGUGGAGAGAACCUACUCCUCUAAGCUUACGGAGAACAAAGCACAAUCUCAGAGCUGAAGCCACCCUAGGUCCAGUGCACGCUGGAGGCGGGCUACCCAUGAUAUCCAACACGCCAGGACCCAUGGCAAAUCCGACAUACUCAGGUGUUGGUGAUAAUCCAAACGGCGGAUUCCUAUCUUUGGGUUUUCAAAAUCGGUUGUAUGACGUGAACCAAUUUAUAUCCGGUCUGUGUCUGGUACUGUUGUACAUUAUCGGAGCCAUCCUCAUAUGUGUGAAUAUGGCCGUUUGUGGUGUCGAACUUGGAAAAAAGGAAAAAGAUUCAAACGAAGCUAAGUGUACUGAGUUAGCGAUAUGCGGUAUCGCUUUCGCCGCAUGUAUGUCCAUCUUACUUGGACUGCGGUUUGUAAUGUGUUGUCUAAGUGACGCCUGUCAAGGACUGUUCCGUCGAACAUUUGCGACCAACAGGGAACCACCAGUUCCAAUAGUCGCAAUCAAUCAGUUACACCAGGUGCUACCAGGAAUGGGAAACUAUUGGCACACGAGCGGGGAACCAAGAGAAGGAGGUUACCAGCCAACCACUUGGUUGGUCAAUCUUUCCGGUGGAAUAGAUCCACGACACCAAUUGAGUAUGAUAAAACCAAUGCCAGCACGUUAUGCUAAUGAUUUGACACAUUAA